AUGGCUGCCCAGGUUACCCCAUCGAAGCAGGCUGCUUCCUCCCUCGAGAACCUGAAGAUGAGCGACUCCCCUGCUAAGAAGCUCGACUUCGCGUCCGUUGGCAAGGAGAAUGUCCCCACCGCGACCAAGACUGUCGACGCCCCCACCGAGAAGGCCGUUGUUGAGGCCCCCAAGACUGCUGCUGGUAUCAAGGCCUCUGAGGCCCAUGAGCCCCUCCUGCAGGAGAACCCCCACCGUUUCGUUCUUUUCCCUAUCAAGUACCACGAGAUCUGGCAGAUGUACAAGAAGGCCGAGGCCUCUUUCUGGACCGCUGAGGAGAUCGAUCUGUCCAAGGAUCUGCACGAUUGGCACAACCGCCUGAACGACGAUGAGCGUUACUUCAUCUCUCACGUGCUUGCUUUCUUCGCCGCUUCCGACGGUAUCGUCAACGAGAACCUGGUUGAGCGUUUCAGUGGAGAGGUCCAGGUCCCUGAGGCUCGCUGCUUCUACGGUUUCCAGAUCAUGAUGGAGAACAUCCACUCCGAGACCUACUCCCUGCUCAUUGAUACCUACAUCAAGGAGCCCAAGCAGCGCACCUACCUUUUCGAUGCCAUUGACACCAUUCCUUGCAUUGCCAAGAAGGCCAAGUGGGCCAUCAACUGGAUCCAGGAUGAGGAGUCCACCUUCGCCCAGCGUCUGGUUGCCUUCGCUGCCGUUGAGGGUAUCUUCUUCUCUGGUUCCUUUGCCUCUAUCUUCUGGUUGAAGAAGCGUGGUCUGAUGCCCGGUCUCACCUUCUCCAACGAGCUCAUCUCUCGUGACGAGGGUCUGCACACUGACUUUGCCUGUUUGCUGUUCUCCCACUUGAACAACCGCCCCAGCCCUGAGAUGGUUGAGAAGAUCAUUGUUGAGGCUGUCGGUAUUGAGCAGGAGUUCCUGUCUGACUCUCUCCCUUGUGCCCUGCUCGGCAUGAACGCCACUCUCAUGUGCCAGUACAUUGAGUUUGUUGCUGACCGUCUUUUGGUCGCUCUUGGCAACAAGAAGUACUACAACUCUACCAACCCCUUCGACUUCAUGGAGUCCAUCUCCCUGGCCGGCAAGACCAACUUCUUCGAGAAGCGUGUUGGUGACUACCAGAAGGCCGGUGUUAUGGCCAGCACCAAGAAGGACGCUGAUGGUGAGAAGGUUUCCGCCAACGACGGUGGUCUCAACUUCGAUGAGGACUUCUAG